UCCCGGUGUUUUCCCGGGAUUUUUCCGGUGUUUUCCAUGGGAAAUGACGCUGUGUGUCGUUGCAGGUGUCAUGGAUGAUGAGGACGGGCGGUGCCUGUUAGACGUCAUCUGCGAUCCGCAGGCCCUGAACGAUUUCCUCCAUGGAUCCGAGAAGAUCGACAGUGACGAUCUCCUGGACAAUUCCGGAGAUGCCGCCAGUGCCUUUUUCGAGGGUGCUGGGCUCCACGGUCAAGAAGCCGCCGGUGGCAACCCGCUGAGCGCCGAACCGAGCCAGCCGCCGGCCAGCGUGGACCUGGACUUCCUGGAGGAUGACAUCCUGGGCUCGCCGGGCCCCGGUGCCGGCGCUGGCGCCGAGCAGCCGUGCGACAUCCUCCAGCAGAGCCUGCAGGAGGCCAACAUCACCGAGCAGACGCUGGAGGCCGAGGCCGAGCUGGACCUGGGCUCCUUCCAGCUGCCGGCGCUGCAGCCGGUGGUGCAGGCGGCCGACGGCACGCCCCAGAUCUUCUCGGGCGGCGCCGACCUGCUGGGCCUGCAGCCGCCGGCCGUGCUGGCCCCGCAGGCGCUGGUGCAGCCGCCGGACGUGGUCAACAAAGCCAUCAGCGUCCAGCCCUUCCUGCAGCAGGUGGGCCUGGGCAACGUCACCAUCCAACCCUUGCCAAACUUGCCCGGUUUGCCCAACGGCAGCCCCGGCGGCGCCCUGGGCCUGGGACCCAUCCAGGUGGUGGGCCAGCAGGUGAUGGCCAUCAACCAGCCGGCCGCGCCGCAGCUGCUGGCCAAGCCGGCGCCGGUGGCCGGUUACAUCGCGCAGCCCGAGGCGGGCGCGGCGCAGGGCGCGGGGCUGGUGAUCCAGAAGAGCCUUCCGGCCGUGGCCACCACCACGCUGAACGGCAGCUCCGUGUUCGGCGGCGUGUCGGCGGCGUCGGCGCAGCCGCUCACCGUCACCUCGGGCCUGGGCGGCUCCCUGGUGCCGGCGCCCAACGUCAUCAUCCACCGCACGCCCACGCCCAUCCAGCCCAAGCCCGCCGGCGUGCUGCAGCAGAAGCUUUACCAGAUCACGCCAAAACCCUUCGCCCCCGGCGGCGCCCUGGCGCUGCCCGGCGAGACGCCGGCCAAGACGCAGCAGAACUUGACGUUCAUGGCCGGCAAAGCCGCGCCCAACGUGGUGCUCCAGAGCUUCCCCCCCAACGUCUUCAAGCCUCCGCCGCCGCAGCCGCCGGCGCUGGGCAAGUCCAUGAGCGUGCACGUGCUCAACCAGGGCGGCUCCAUCGUCAUCCCGGCGCAGCCCUUCCAGGGCCAGAACCAAUUCCUGCUGCCGGGGCAGCUCGCCGGCGCCUCGGCCGUGCCGCUGCCGCAGCCGCUCUCGGCGCUGCCGGCCAACGUGGGCGGCCAGCUCUUGCCGGGAGCCGGCCAAACUCACAUCAUCGCCGGCCAGGGCGCCGGCGCCCAGCUCUUGGCCAACCCGGCCUUACCGGCGCAGCUCCUCAACCAAAACCUGGCCGGGCAGCUCAACCUGGGCCCGGUGCUGGCGUCGCCGGGCGCGGCGGGCACGGCCCACAUCCUGUCGGCGGCGCCCAUCCAGCUGCAGCCGGGCCAGGUGGCGCCGCCGGCGCUGUUCCAGAUGCCGGUGUCGCUGGCCGGGCCCUUGCCCAGCCCCGGCUCGGCGCCGGCGCCGGCGCCCACGGUGAUCCAGGGAGUCACCCUGGCCAGCCCGGUGGCCAUGCUCAACGCCGGCGACGGGCUGGGAGCCGCCGUCAGCAUCCAGGCGGCCGCCGGCAGUCCCGGCGCCGGCGCCGGUGCCGAGCCCGGUUCCGGUGGCUCCGGCGGCGCCGCGGCGGCACCGGCGGCGCUGGGGGCUGGGAGCGCCCAGCCCAGCCCCGGCCUCGCCGCCAGCCCCGAGAAAAUCCUGCUGGGAACGGCGGCCGGCACCGGCAGCGCCGCGCCCGUGCUGGGCCAGGACAGCGUGCCCAUGUUCCUGCAGCAGCCGAAGCUCCCGGGAGCGUCCCCGGGGGACCCCACGACCCCCAUCCCAUCCCAGAUCCCAUCCCAGAUAUCCCAGAUCCCCCCAAUCCCCCAGAUCCCGGCCCGGCCUCCCUCCCAGCCCCAGCCUCUGCCCCGGCCCCCAUCCCGGCCCCAUUCCCGGCCUCCCUCCCAGCCCCGGCCUCCCUCGGAGCCGCCGCGCCCGGAGCCUCCCCCGGGGCUCUUCGGGCCCGGCCCCGUUCCCGGCUCCGGCCGCUCCCGUCCUGGUCCCGGCGGCUCCGGGGACGCCCGGCCCGGCCCUGGGAACCGGAACCGGCACCGCCCCGGCCUCAGGUGCCGUUUCUGCCCCGCCCGACUCCAAGCCGUUCUCCAGCGUUCCGGGUUCCGGUUCCAGUUCCGGUUCCAUUUCCGGUUCUGGAUCCGUUCCGGGAUCCGUUCCCAGUUCCAUUUCCGGUUCCGGUUCCGUUCCCGCCGGGAAAGGGGCCCCAAAUCCCGGGAAAUUGGGGGCUCCCCUCCCCCCCCAGCAGCCCGGACAGGUGAAGCCGGGUGGGAUCAAGGGCCCCCCCCAGCCCUCGGGGGGAGGGAAGGCCCCGCCCUUGAUUUCCCCAAAUCCCAGGAACUGACCCCACACCCGGGGGUUUUUCCGCAGCUGGAGGCGAAGCUGGCGCUGAAGAAGGCGCCGGUGCUGCAGCCCAGUAAGGAGGCCUGCCUCCUGGAGCAGCUGCACAAGCACCAGGGCUCGGUGCUGCACCCGGAAUUCCGGACGCCGUUCCGCUCCGUGGGCGACGCCCUCAGGAGGCUCCUGCCCUACCACGUGUACCAGGGGGUGCUGCCCGGGGAGGCCGAGUGCCACAGGGGUGAGGGAACACCGGGAUACACCGGGAUACACCGGGAUACACGAUUGGUGCUCAACAAAUACUGGCGCCUGCUUCUGGAGGAAUCCAGGCGUUCCAGCCCCUCGGCAGAGAUGGUGAUGAUCGACCGGAUUUUCAUCCAGGAGGAGAAGACGGCGCUGGCGCUCGACCGGCAGCUGGCCCGGGACCGGCCCGAGCUGCGCCCGCGGCCGCGGGAUCGGGAGCGAAAUUCCCGGGAAAAGGGAGCGGGAAAAGGUCGGGAAAACCGCGGGGGGAAAAAAAGGGAAUUUCGGGGAGGAAAAACGGGAAUUCCGGGGCGGAAAAAUUCGAAUUUUGGAGCGGAAAAAUGA